AUGAUUUUUACGAAUCAAAUAAUAAAAUGUUUUGCAUCGCUUGCAAAACUACUGUUAAUUACGCUAAAAAAUCUGUAAUUAAUAAUCAUCUUAAUUUGACAUCACAUAAAAGUAAAAAACGUCUCAUAGGAGCAUCCUCAAGAAAUAUAACAAAACAAGAAAUUAAUAUAGCAUUAGUUAAAGCAUUUGCGGAAGCUGAUAUCCUACUAGAAAAAGUCAAUAAAUUACAAACAUUCUUUAAAGAAUAUUGUAUUGAAG